UAGGAUCAGCAGCAUACGCGCGAGAAAAUACACGCAUGACAGAGACUAUGAGGUAUAACUAUAUAUAUUGUAUCCGCAUGAAAGCGGAGCACAUAGUCCGCGCGCGCGACUUGCAAGUCGUGCAAGUUGCGCAAGCCCCAAAAUCGAUCUGUUUGGGCUCUGUGGAAUAAAGGCUAUAUACGGAGAGGAGCUGCUGCUGCUGCUACUGCUGCUGUUGCUGUUUUGCACAUACAAGCAAAGCCACUGCCAACAAACAACACGCGCUGCUUCUCUCUCUUUUUCUUUGUCAUACACGCCAUCGAGGAUUGAGCUUGCACGAGAUACCGUCUUCUCGUUUCAUACACGAAAACCAAAUCGAAUUUUGGCAAAAAAUUAAAUCAUGGCUCUCGAGUUUGCCGCUACCUACAAGGUACUAGUUCUCGGCGACUCGAACGUCGGCAAAACCUGCAUUGUGCAUCGAUACUGCGACGAGAGAUAUUACGACACUUACAUAUCGACAAUUGGUAUUGAUUUCAAACAAAAGAUCAUCAACCUCGACGGUACACCCAUCAAGCUUCAAAUCUGGGACACGGCCGGCCAGGAACGAUUCCGUACCCUGACAACCGCUUACUAUCGCGGAGCUAUGGGUAUUCUUCUCAUGUACGACGUCACCAGUCUCGAAAGCUUCAACAAUUUGUCUUAUUGGCUACGAAACAUACAAGAAAAUGCCUCCCCGGACGUGGUGAAGGUUUUGGCUGCGAAUAAAUGCGACGCCACGACUCAGCGAGCCGUCAAGAUCGAGCAGGGCCAAAAGAUAGCCGAGAACUUCGACAUGCCUUUCUUGGAGGUGUCGUGCAGAGACAACAUCAAUAUCGAGGAGUCGUUCCUGACUCUGGCGCGAAAAAUUCGCGAGCAACGGGGCCAACGAGCGAGCUUGUUCGAUUCGUCGGAAAAACAGAAAGAGAGCAGCAUCAUCAAAGCUCUGUCGCCAUCGCAGCAAGGCGAUGCUUGGAAAUGCUCGUGUUAGUCGAUUCAUUUACAAUGGUUCUUUUUAGCAAUAAGUUGUUACUUGUAAUCGUCGGAAGUAAAUGUCAAUUUUAUAUUCUUUACAUGUUAUAAAAGCUGGAGGGUGUAAAUCAAUAAAUGUCUAAGAUUGAUGUCGCAUAAAAUUAAGAGUCAACGGGUUUGCGAUCUUAGCGCAUUUUCUUUUACUUCCUUGGAUGAACUAUUAUUCCAUUGCGAAGGCGACAUUUACCAAUUUUUGUCAUUGAAUAACGUACGACCAGAAAUUUUACCAUUGAUUAUACUCGAAUAUCAUGUUAUAAUUAUUAGUUUAAGUAACUAACGCACAUUUUUUUAUACGCGACUUUUGAAGGAAGUUGUAAUAAUUGACAAGUAGAAUAGGUGGUGCAUUUACUUAUCACUUCUUUUAACAGAAGUCAAACAGAUAAAUCAUAGAAUAUAAUAAUCUAGAAUUAAUUCUCUCUAAUUCUUAACGAGCUUCUCAAUGUGCAUAAGACGAGUGAUUUUAUUUUACGUUUUUGACUUGAGAUAAUUACAAAAAAACUCUCCAUAACUCAAAUUGUAGUGACAAUUUUCAUGUUUCUCAGGCAAGAAUUAUUUGAAAUUUAUCAAGACUGAUAUGUAUAAAGCAAUAAUUUCGUUUAUUUUUUCACGAGGGUAGACAGUGAAAAAAAUUGUAAGCGACUUACAGUAUAAGUAUCCUUUUUUACGUGUCUAAGAUAUAAAAACUAUAAGUAACAUGUAAAGGGCCUAGACCUAAUUGUUUUUCACCUGUUAAUGAAAUAUACUAGAAUUCUAUUGUGAGUAAAUUACGAUUAUUUUAAAAUGUAUGAAAAUAACUGUUAAGUAUCAAGCACAUUGUGAUGACUAUUGAAAAUAUAACAAUUUGUAAUUAAAAGCAAAUUUCAUCUAUUUAUUCAUAAACUUUAAAAUAU